AUGUAUAAUCUGUUCACGUCUGGUUUGGGGGCUUCUGCGUUUAUUUCGAUAAAUGUCUGCGGUCCGUGCCAUCACGGAGGAAGCAAAGGGGGCGCUGUGGAGCCGACAAUACCAAACUCUACUCGUAAUUUAAAUUCAUCAUCUCCGAAAAGUAUGGCGCCGAACAUUAAAACUCAACGCGCCAAAAAUGUCUCCAAUCUUCCCGUCUCAACUAUAAGUCGCCUGGCAUUUACUUAUUUCGGCGUUGUCUUCUCUACAGGCUUCUUCUUUGGUACCAUCCGCCAUCUAUACGUCAUCCCCAAAUUCAAUCUCCCUCCGUCACAUGCCGAAAUUAUUGAGGCACCACUUAUGUUUAUCGCUGUUAUUGGUUGGGCGAAUUGGCUAGUAAACCGCUAUAAGGUCCCCGCCAAAGCACGUGUAAGAAUGGCAGUUGGACUAUUAGGGUUGGGAUUUAUGGUUUGUGUGGAAUUCAUGGGGUGCAAAGUUGCGGGAGGUCGUGGUCCUUCAAAAAAGAGUGAGGAGGGGUGGACGGGAGCAGCUCAAGUGCUGUAUUUGUUUAAUUUGAUAUUUUUUGGGAUCAUGCCUUGGAUUCUGAUAUUGGUAGAAAAGGGGUGA